AUGGCUGAAAAUAUGAUAAUUGAUAAAGUAGUUGGUGAAAGUGGAGCUUCUAACUCAAAAACAAGUCAAACUCAAACAGUUCAGUCCAAAAAAAGGAAAGAAAGGAGAAAAAGGUCUGUUGCGUGGACUUAUUUUGAUCCAGUUAUUGAUCCUGAUGGAAAUGAGAAGGGUGUCUGGGGAAUGCUUGGUCAUAUACCCAAAUGUAAAAAGAUUCCUCGUAAUGUUGAUACUAAUCAAGCACAAUUAGUAUUUAAACCUGUUAAGGUGGGUGGCAAGGGUGAUGUAGUUGUUGCAGCAUGGAAAUUUAAUCAAGAAACCUGUAGAAAGGCUUUGUGUCGUAUGGUAAUUAUCGAUGAACUUCCUUUCAGAUUUGUCGAAAAAGAAGUCAUAGUAGGUGAAGACAUGGCAAAGGCUAUUAGUAAGUGUUUGCGGAGUAGGGGUUACAAAAGAUUUUCAAUCAAUUACGAUGUUGACAAUACUAGUUCAAAUGAUGUGACAGUGAAAGAGUUGUCUAAGCAAUUAACUAAAUGGGGGACCAAUCUUAUGACUGGUACUCAUCUUCACGUGAGGUGUAUGGCUCAUAUUAUAAAUCUUGUUAUUCAAGAUGGUAUAAAAGAAUCAAUUGAAUCUAUUGAAAGAGUUAGGCAAACAGUGAGAUGCAUUAAAGCCUUACGCCAGUGGGGAAGUUUCCGUGAAUGUUGUGAAGAUGUAAAUCUUGUUAAGAAAUCUUUAUGCUUAGAUGUUCCCACAAGGUGGAAUUCCACCUACUUGAUGUUGAAUAGGGAUAUUGAAUAUGAGGGUGCAAUUUUGCAUUAUGCCGAUCGUGAUAUUGGCUUGUCACAUCAUCUUGAGUUUGUUGAUACUAUCGAUGGAAGUCCCGCAGUACGGUUUUGA